CACUAUCAUCACCAUCAUCAUCUCAUUAAUGCAAUCGCAUAGAUGGUCAUUUGAAGUUCAUCUUUCAUCCUGAAUUUAUAUCAGCAAAUAAUAUACCCAAAGCGAGACAAUCAUCAUCACCAAAAAUGAAGAGACUUUUUGGCAAUCAAAAUUCAUCAAACAAUACACCCGCACAAACAAGUGAAACAAAUACUGUUGCAACAAGCAAGAGACCUACAAGUCCAUCAGAAACAACUUCAUUGGCAGGAUCAACUACUGCUGCUGCAUCACAACGUGCACCGCUUUAUUCUCGAGCCUCUCAUUCAUUCUCAAGUCAAGCACUUCAAACGCCUCCUUCUUUAUUAUCCCCGCACACACCCUCAACGAACAAUGUGAACCCUUUCGAGCUCUUUCCUCCAUCUUUGGCUUUAUCACCAAUCAAUUCACACUCUAGUUCGACACAUCUUCAAUUCACUCCUUUGCAAAGCUCAACAUCUUAUGUUGGUGCAAGUCCAAUGGCAGCCGUUCAACAUAUCGCACCUCAAUACACCGGUCAAACAGUACUCAGUACUGGCACGAUGACGACUGUACAACCGGGGACAGUUCCGAUCCUUUCUGAUUCCAAUGCAAGUGCAACAAACAUGCAAUCUCAUGCGAUCGAACGAAAUGAUCUCCAUAAGAGCGUAAAGGCAUUAGAGGGAAUCUUGAUCUCAUUGGAUGAAUAUCGUGAUCUACGUACAAAAUUGGCAAAAUGUGAAAAGAAAUUAUCAAAAGGUCUGAAUGAGAUGGCAAAAGUGAAAGCAAUCGAAGAAGUUCCUUCUCAAACACUUCAAGCCGCUUCGGAUUUAUUUGAUGCACGAAUGGAAGUUUCUUCUAAACAAGCAAAGAUUGUACAAAAAGAGUAUGAUGCUUUGAACGAUCAAUGUGCAAAGUACUUCAAGCGAAUUGCCAAAGAGGAACGUACACAUGACGAACAGCUGGAAUCGUUGGAUAGCAAGAUUAAGAAAACGCAAGCUUCAUACGAUAAAUCGGCAAAGAAGGGCGGUAAAUUAGCCAUUGAAUCACACGAUAAAUUCAUUGCAAACAUGCAAAGCUUAACAGCAGAUAUGGCAAAAUUGAAAACUUCUCAUAGCUCAAGCGUUGGAACAAAGACGUUCUCAACAAGUUUAUUGGUUGCUGCUACCUUGGGUGGUUUGGCAGAUACGGAAUACAAGGGAGUUUGCGAAAUUGUACGAAGAUCCGGUCAACAUAUCGGAAAGUUGAACGAAUGGCUCAACUUCACCACCAAUGAAGCUAUCGCAAAAGCACAACCUAUCGAUCUGGGUGAUGAUGGCUCAGGAAUCGCACAAAGGAUUGCCAUAAAAGAAGCAGAGAUACGUGAAGAGAUUCGAAGACAAGAGCAGAUCCGAUUAAGACAGCUCGAGGAUGAACAUGCAAUGCUUAAAUUACAACAAUUGGGCUGGACACCGCCAACGAAUAUGACGGAAGAAUCUCCCACAAAAGCCGCUUCUGAAGCAAAGGAGAAGGAUGGCAAGUCAACAGUCACGAUGGCCAAUCUGCCUCGUUUAGACAGUAACGGAAAUUUGGUAGAUGCACAAAAGUCAAAAAAGCCAUCGGAGCCAAAUGUAGCAGAAUCUGCAUCCAACAAUAAAGCAAGCGAGGCCAAGAGGAUGUCCUCCGUUCGUUCAAACACAUACGAAAGUCAUCAUUUGCAAGGAUCAUCUAUGGCCGAAGGAACUGUAAUUAUUCGGGAUGCAGAACCAGAGAAGAAAGAUGAUGAUGAAGCACCUACACGCAUGCAAACCGUAAAGGAAGAAAGUGGUUCGAUCAAUGAGAAUGAAGCCAAUUGUCCUCCUUCUCCGAAUGAAUCUUCAGAUGUCCCUUCAAGUCUUUCUUCCAAUAUGAGCGCUAGUAUUAGCACUGUUGCGACCAGUAAAGGUACUUCAGAGGAUUCGAAUGCUCUCCUUCCCGAUUCAAAAUCUGCUGGCCCAUUGACGCCUAUUGAUGAAAAGCCAGAUGAUGUGAUCGUACGUGGCGUGGAUGAUAAGGCAGGAAAUGAAUGGCGAACAAACGAAAAAGAGGAGAACAAUUUGGCGAAAGAACAAAAUGAAUACAUCAAACGUGUCACAUCACCUACUAAUGCCGAUCAAAAUCGUGAAAAGAAUGAGAGUACAAUGGCAGGAAUAGGAACCCGCUUUGCCACUCAAAAGAAUGCAGAUGGUAAUAAAGAAUCCAGCGAACGUCGUGAAGAACAGGCUUCCUCUCGUUCAAGUGUAUGGGAACGAGAAAGAGAUCGUGAAAGACAGAUGGAACUAGAAAGACGUUUGGUAGAGGCGGAAAAUCGAUUGAGAAUGAUGGAUCGACCUGAUUCAUACUCCACAGCUACUCGUCAAUCUCCAUAUGAUCAACAUCAUUAUUACCGUGAUGCGGCAGAAUCGAGUCGGGCGAACGCAAGGCCUCGUUAUAGCGAGCCUGUCCCCAAGUCAUCAUCUUCUGCCUCUCGUCCUAUACGUUUGGAGGAAGAAAUUCCGGCUUCGCGAUAUGAACCUGAUCGAUAUACACCCGCAGUGGGAGGAAGUAGAAUUGAAGGACCAAGUGUGACACGCUCACUAAGUACGGAUAGCGAGAGAAGCUUUGUGGCAAGAAUGAAAGCAUUAUAUCAAGCAGAUAAGAUGCAACCUCAGGAUACACGAAGAAGGGACAAUAUCCCUACCCCUACUUCUCCUCGUCGUAUACCAGAGAUCGCACAUGCUUAUUCAUCCAAUACGACUCGAAACGGCACUAUUACUGCUUCAUCGUCUAACCCGCCGCGAGGAUCAGCUUAUGGUCAUUACGAUUCUGCAACUGCACCUUCCUCUAAAUCAAGAGCUCGAUACGAUUCUGCACCUACACAAAUCCGAUCAGGAGGCAGCGUAGAUGAAUUCGGAAGACAGGACUAUAACAAUCAAUCAUCCAAUACUUCUCGCAGUAGACCUACGACGUCCAAUGAGCCACCGCAUGCUAGCAGUUGCGGAUGUUGGAAUUGCUCUGCACGUCAUUAUCGUACGAGUGACACAACAAUCGGAGCAAGUGUUUCAAUGGCAACUACAAAAGCCGGUAUUUUGCCUCCUCAGCCACCUCCACGUCAUCCUGAAGCGAUUUCUCAAGGAAGAGACAAUGGAUAUAAUGCAAACCCUCCGCCAAAUUACAGAAGACAGACGAUGCAAGUUCCACCUAGUGGAAAUGCAUAUGCUUCAAACACCGUUCGAUCUGUUUCAGGAACGCCAAAUCAUCUUAUGAGACCAGAACAAAGUUUGCAAGCAAGGAGAAGUUUUGAAGAUGACCAUUCAAGACAUGUAAACUUUACCAGAGAACAUGGAAUUGUUCGCUAGAUACCCCCAGCCACUAAUGACCUAUAACGAAUCUUAAUAGCCUUUUGUUGAUGAUUUAACGAG